UUUGAUAAAAUUUCCAAAGUUAGCACACAUUUUUAAGCCUUUAACCUUUUCGUUUCAAACCUGGAAAUAAUUUUCUUCUAAUUAUUUCGUGAACAGAGUGCCAUAAAGGUUUCUAACAUACUGAUUCUGAUUCUACAACUUGAACCUCUCUUAUCUAUUGUUCUAGUCCUUGUUUGCCUUUUCAUUGAUGGUGAAAAUGAUGUUGACUCCCUUUUAGCAGAAACGGGGAAGGAAAUAACCAUAGCAGAUAUGCAGGACAAUAUCUUACAUUGCCAAGAAUUUUUAUCCUUAUUUUUGCCACUGGAUGAAGUGACCAUUGCUAGGAUAGUUGGUGUGAUUGUCCGUACACAAUCAGAUGACAAGAGUGUACACUCGAAAUUCCUUGCUGAUCUUUGUGGCAACAAUACAUUGGAUUUAUCACAAAUGACUGACUGGGAUGCCGACACUCUUAUUUAUGCAACAAAGCAACUUGCUCCUGAAUUGAACUGGGCAACUAUUAUGGAAAACCUAGACCAUGAGGGUUUCUAUAUUCCCAACGAAGCAGCUUUUUACUUUUUGAUGUCUGUUUAUAAACAUGCCGGCCAGGGUCACUUUCCUCUCAGAGCUAUUUGUGGCUCUAUCUGGAAGAAUGCUGAGGGUCAGAUUUCCUUACUUAAAUAUGCUGUCUCAGCUCCUCCGGAAGUGUUUACCUUUGCACAUUCUGGGAGGCAACUGUCAGUUUUGCAGGCCUAUGUUGAUGUUGUGAAUGACCAUAAGGUUCAAAUUGAACAUGCAAAUCAUGCGUGGUUGUGUCUUGACCUUCUGGAAGUUCUUUGCCAGCUGGCUGAGAGAGACCAUGCAAGUUCUGUGAGAUCCAUACUCGAGCACCCUCUGAAGUACUGCCCUGAAGUCUUGCUUCUUGGGAUGGCCCACAUUAAUACUGCAUCUAAUCUUCUCCAGCAAGAAGUUUCCUCUGCUGUUAUCCCAAUAUUACUGCAAAAUGCUGAUGCAAGUGGUAUGAUUGUUCAUCUGUGGCAUGUUAAUCCCUACAUAUUGUUGCGGGGUCUUGUAGAUGCGCUGAGCAUUGACCCAGAAAACAUGAGCAGAUUUUUGGCUGCCUGUCAAGAGAUAAAGAUUCUAUCACCAAUACUAGAUAUGAUUCCAUAUCCAUUCGGUGUUAGACUUGCUGCCCUUGCUUCCUGCAAAGGACACAUAAAUUUGGAGAAAUGGUUGAGCAGUAACUUGAACGCAUAUAAAGAUGCUUUCUAUGAGGAAUGCAUUAAGUUCUUGAAGGAGGUGCAUCUUCCUGCUCAAGUUGUUACUUCCAACCACUUCUGUUCUCCCAAUGCUCUUAGGACUAUUUAUUCAGAAGCUUCUUCAACGUUCUUAAAGGUCCUCCAGUCUCAUUCUGGCCUAGUUUCUUCACCCCACCUAUCCCUGGAAAUGGAUAAGUUGCAUGUAACAUAUAUGGGGACUAAUUCGCGGUUUAAAAGUUCUGGUUCUGCUGAUUUGUCAUCAUCUGAUUAUUAUUCUGAAGAUAUUGAAGCAGAAGCAAACUUGUACUUCCAUCAACUUUUCUCUGGUCAGGUAACUAAUGAUACAAUGAUUCGAAUGCUUGCUCAUUUGAAAGAAUCGACUGAAAAGAGGGAACAAGCAAUUUUCCGCUGCAUGAUCGUUAAGCUGUUAACUGAAUCUUUUGCCAAGUACCCUGUGAGGCAACUCCAAAUGUCUGCUGUACUCUUUGGAUCACUUAUUAAGAAUCAGCUCAUAACUGAUCAUACACUUGGGAUUGCUUUGCUGGCCGUCUUGGAUGCAUUGCACAAGAGUCCUUCUACAAAUAUGUAUGUUUUUGGUGUUGGGGCACUGACACAAUUUGUUGACCGUCUGAUUGAAUGGCCUGAUUACGUCAGCCUUAUCUUGAAAAGAUUGGUUCUGCGUGGAAUGCAUUCAGAAUUGGUUGUGUUCAUUGAGCAGGCUCUUGCCAGGACUUCACAGGCACAUGCAGGCCAUUGUCCUGCUGUAGAUGAAGUACAUCAAGCAAAAGCAGGCUUGUAUUUCAAUCAAUUGUUUUCUGGUCAGCUGACUAAUGAUGAAAUGAUUGAAAUGCUUGCUCACUUUAAAGAAUCAACUGAUAACAGGGAACGAGCAAUUUUUGGUUGCAUGAUUGUUUUGCUGUUCCGUGAAUUCAAACUGUUCGCCCAUUUCUCAAAGAGGGUACUCAAAAUUUAUGCUGUUUUUACAGGGUCUCUUAUCAAGAAUCAACUUAUAACUAAUCAUACUCUUGAUAUUGCUUUGCAAAAUGUCUUGGAUUCAUUGCACGAGCCUGCUGAUUCAAAGAUGUUUUAUUUAGGUAUUAGGGUGUUGGCUCAGUUUGUUGACCGUAUGAUUGAAUGGCCACAUUACUGCAAUCGGAUAGUGCAAAUAUCUCAUGUAUGUUCAAGUCAUCCAGAGCUUGUUGCAUUUGUUGAGCGUGGACUUUCAAGAGUUUCACAGGCACAUGCAAGUCAGAGUUCUGCUGCUGAUGGUUGUUAUGCUAAUGAUAUUGAAGCAGAAGCAACCUUGCACUUCCAGCAAAUGUUCUCUGGUCAGCUGACUAGUGAUGCAGUGAUUCAAAUGCUUGCUCAACUCAAAGGAUCAACAGAUAAUAGGCAACAAGCAAUUUUUCCAGUGCAUGAUUGUUAAGCUUUGUAGAGAAUACAAAAUUUAUGCCAUGUACCCAGAAAAGCAACUGAAAAUUGCUGCUGCUUUCUUAGAGUCACUUACUAAGAAUAAGCUCAUAACUCAUCCUACAGUUUGGAAAAUUUGUAAUCAAGCUUUGCGAGCUGUCUUGGAUGAAUUGCAUGAGGGUGCUGCUGAUUCAAAAUGGCGGACCCAGGAUUUUUGCUCAGGGGUUCAAAGUAUAAAGAAGAAGUUCAGUCCCACACUUAUGAUUGUAGUUCCAAUCAUAUAUCAAGUUUACCGUGAAUUACGUGAUGGAAAGAGCUUUGCAACACGAAGGGUGGAUGCAAUUCAGAAAGGGAAUAUCGUAUUCACAUUGGUAGCCUCAUUUCAGAUGAAGAUGGAUUUGAUCAGGAAGCAAAAAUGCCUAAUGUGCCUAAUCCAGAAAUGCUUUUAUCACUGGAAGAUUUGAGAGAAAUGCGCAAGACUAUCCUCGGCUUCCCAGGACAUACCGAAAUAAGGUUGCUACUGCAAAAUUUGUACCCUGGCCAAUAGAAAUAAGGUUUUGUGAACCUAAUAAUGCCACUAGUCACACCAAGUCUCCUCCAAGUUUGAGAUAUUGGUUCAGAGCAAAAGGAAAACUUUCAGAUGACCAGGCCUUACAUAGCAUAUGCAUCAGAUCUAAUCUUUAAUACAGUCAAUCUGAAUCCUCAUCGAAGGAAGGGUUUCAAGGUCUGGAUCAUUCGAUUUGGUUCCACGGACCUUUGAGAGCUGAUGAUUGGAUAUUGUUUGUGAUGCACAGUCCGACUGCUUAUAAUGCACGUGGCUUUGUGACGGGCCAAAUGCUUAUUAGGAAGGGAGAGAUUGUAGUGUCACUGACUCAAGAGGCCUUAUUGAGGCCAGCCAGAAAACUACCUGCAUUCCAACCAAAGCUCUAAUCCAUGUCAGGUCCAAUGAAAAAAGAGGACUAGGUAAAACUGCAGAAGAGCUUGAAUAAGUUUUAUAGAGGUCGCAAAUUAGAAUAAGAUAGUUGUUUUGAUUAUGGAAGAGUCCAGAUCAUAUGACGUAUCUAUAUUUUACAACUAUUAUACAGAAUUACCCCAUCAUUGUCUCUGUACCUCGCAUCUCACCUUUAUAGAUUGCCCAGCCAGAAGAGGCAUUCCCAUCGCUACAUUGAUCGAUCUAUGAUUGUUUUAAGUUAAAAGUUAUUGUGUUUUUACAAGUUU